AUGUACAUUGCAGGUCUUCUUGUCGCCCUGGUGGGCUUCACUGGCGCCAUCCAGGCUGCUGAUGAUUUGGCUUUUCGCCCUCGGGUUUCCCGCCACUUGAGCCGGCGACAGUUCCAGCAACGUCCCGGGGGAAACCAAGGGGCCGUAAAGCCACCGGCUACUAUUGUUGUUCCCCCACAGAACGGCGGUAACAAGGGCCAGAACGGCGGUAACAAGGGCCAGAACGGUGGCAACAAGGGCCAGAUUGGUGGUGGCAAUGGCCAAGAACAGCAGAGUCUCACCUUGUCUCGAAACAGCUUGCAGCGUACUCCCAAUGGUCUACAAAAUGCCGAUGCCGGAACGGACGAGGCCCUGCAGAGCCAGAAUAACUUUAUCAAUUUCUGCUCAGGGAAGCCGUUAUGCAAUGGCGAACAGGUCAAGGCGGGACAAUCCUGCUGCAACCCCAUCAUCAUGGGCGAGGUCCCAGCACCGGAGAAAAUGGCCACUGUUGUAUUCAGCCAACCGAGAUUAUGCGGCAACAUUUCUCCCAAAGACGGCAUGAAGAUUAGUGCGGUAUACCGGAAUAUAAACCUGGGAACCUUCACAAACCCCGAGAACACAUACAACGGCAAUCCGCAGCGGCUCGAUGGGAAUGGCGUCGUGAUUGGCCACUCGCAUGUCACUUGCCAUCUCAUGGAAAACGACGAACUGCAAGGUGCAGCUCCGAUCGCGGCGGCCGCCUAUCUCCAAGACCGGGAGCGAGCCAAGUCAAACAAUAACCGAGCACCCCAGAAGACGUGUUUCAAGGGCUUCAACGGCGAGGGGCGAAAAGCCAACGGCGGACUCACCCGCAUCGACCUGGACCUGGAAUGCGGCACGAAUCUUGCGCAGGGCUGCUGGACUUGCAGCACCAUGACGGGCGCCAGCACACACCAGGCCGCCAUCAUGGGCAACGCUGAUCGUCCUGCGCAAGAUGCGUCUACGUUCUUUAGUGUCAGCAAUGAUCCCAACGCUGACCUAUGUGGUUGCGGAAGAGGAAACGGCGGCAAUAACGGCGGCGGUAACAACAACGGCGGUAACAACAACGGAGGUAACAACAACGGCGGUAAUAAUAACGGUGGUAAUAAUAACGGUGGUAUCAACGGCGGUACCAAUGGCGGUAUCAACGGCGGUAUCAACGGUGGUAUCAAUGGUGGUAUCAAUGGUGGUAACAACAACGGUGGCAGCAACAACGGUGUUGAUAAAAACGGUGUUAAUAAAAACGGUGCUAACAAAAACGAUGGUAUUAAAGGCGGUAUUAAUGGUGGUACCAACGGUGGUAUCAAUAGUGGUAACAACAAAGGUGGCAGCAACAACGGUGUUGAUAAAAAUGGUGCUGACAAAAACGGCGCUAACAAAAACGAUGGUAUUAAAGGCGGUAUCAAUGGUGGUACCAAUGGCGGUGUCAACAACAAUGGUGGUAUCGACGGCGGUAUCAAUACUGGUAGCAACAGUGGCAACAACAAUGGUGGUAUCAAUGGUGGUGUCAGUGGUGGUAUCAGUGGUGAUAUUAAUGGUGCUAUUAACGGCGGUACCAGCGGCGGUAUCAAUAAUGGUAUUAGUGGUGAUAUUAAUAAUGGUAUCAACGGUGGUAGCAAGGGUGAUAAAAAGGGUGGUAACAAAAACAAUCUCAACAGCAACGGUGGUAUCGGAGGUGAUAUCAAUGGCGGUAGCAAGGGAGAUAUCAAUGGCGGUAGCAAGGGUGAUAAAAAGGGUGGUAACAAAAACGAUCUCAACAAUAACGGUGGUAUCGGAGGUGAUAUCAAUGGCGGUAGCAAGGGUGAUAUCAAUGGUGGUAGCAAGAGUGAUAUCAAUGGUGGUAACAAAAACGAUCUCAACAACAACGGCGGUAUCAACGGCGGUAUCAACGGCGGUAGCAACAGUGGCAACAAAAACGGUGGUAUCAGUGGUGGUAUCAGUAAUGGUAUCAGUGGUGAUAUUAAUAGUGGUAUCGAUAAUGGUAUCAACGGCGGUUCCAGCGGCGGUAUCAAUAGUGGUGGCGACCGCGGAAGCAACAACAAGGGUGGUAUCAAUAGUGGUUUCAACGGCGGUAUCAACGGUGGUAGCAACCGGGGAACAAGAUAG